GCGGCGGCGCAGCGCGAGUAUGAGCAGGACGAGAUACAGGCGGACACGCUGGGGAUUCUGCAACCGGGCAACGAGUUCCUGCAAGAGGUGGUGGACCAGUUUGGGAAGACGCGCGGGCUGGCGAACAAGGCGCAGGUGGCGUGCUUCUACGAGCUCAAGACGAGCAAUGUGGGCAGGAUCGUGGGCAAAAUAGACCGAACGGUAAGUUCAGGACAGCGAGAGUGUGCAGUGCUGUCAGCGCUGACUGUCUUUGUAGCGAUUCGUGGUGAGCGAGAGCUCUGGCUGCCUCGACCUGUCUGACGCGACGAGCAAGUUCUCGCUGUCGCGCACGCACUUCGACAUGAACAAGUUCGGGAGGCCGACAGAGGAGGACUUCGAGACGGUGAGUGACGUGGUGAAGGGCAUGAUCAAAGCGUCUCCAGGCCUGAUGCUGGCUCGAUCUCAAUCAAGCAUUGACAAACACAAAGUCGACUUCAGCCUCAAGGGUGUGCCUGUGGGGAAGUUUGCAGAGCGGCGAAGGGACACGCAAGCGCUAGAGCAAGCACUUCUACCGCACAAGGGUGUGAAGAAGCGACGGUUGCUGGUAGGCUACGGGCUGGGCGGCGUGGGCAAGACGCAGCUGGCGGCUAACUUUGCCCGGCGACAGCAGCGGAGCUUCUCGUCGGUGUUGUGGCUAGAUGGGAGUAGCGAGAGCAGCCUCAAGCAGAGCUUUGCGACGUUUGCGAGCCGCAUCCCAGCAGGGCAGAUCCCCGAGGCCAGCAGGCUGUACGCCGCUGGCCUGGGCGGCGACGUCGACGCAGUGGCGAGGGACGUGAUAGACUGGCUGAGUAUAGCAGACAACAGCAACUGGUUGCUCAUAGUAGAUAACGUCGACCGAGACGACCGACGGCGCGAAGAAGACACGGAGGCGUAUGACGUGGGAGAGUACCUGCCGGAGGCUGACCACGGAUCGGUGCUGAUCACGACCCGUCUUUCGCAUCUGGGCCAGCUCGGAGAGCAGUGGGAAGUGAAGAAUGUGGACAAGGAGCAGGCGCAGACCAUCUUCAAGACGUGGUACGGGAGAGGUGUGGGUCAGGAGGCCGACGAGCUGCUGGGACUGCUCGAUGGGCUGCCGCUGGCGCUGGCGCAGGCUGCUGCGUACAUGAGCGAGACAGGCAUGGGCUUUAGCACCUAUACUCGGCUGUACAAGGAGCAGUGGCAGGAGCUGAUGGAGUCGCAUGACGGCAGACGGAUACCGCUGCGGAGCUACGCGAACGGCAGCGUGGCGACGACCUGGACGAUAUCGUACACGGCUGUCCGGAGAAGGAACGAGGAGGCCGCGAACCUGCUGCUUCUAUGGGCGCAUCUGGACAACAAGGGCCUGUGGCAUGGACUGCUGGCCGCAGCAUCACACAAGUCGACUGUGGCUGCAGAGCGAACAGCAGCGUGGCUUGGAGAGACGGCGCGCAGCGAGAUGGAGUUCACCAAGGCCGUUGGGACGCUCCGGAGCUACUCUCUGGUAGAGGAGGCGGGGGACCAGACAGGCCACUCAACGCAUCCGGUGGUGCACCAGUGGGCGCUGCACAUGCAAGACGACAGGCAACGGACCGCGCUGUCGCGGCUGGCAGUUGUGCUUGUUGGGCUCGCGGUGCCGAUUGACACCGAGAGGAAGUACUGGAAGACGCAAGCCCGACUUCUUGCGCAUGCCGAGCGGUGUGAGAAGAGCGUAGUGAAAGAGGACAUGAUGGGCCAGGGAGCAGAGAAUGGAGCUCGCGAGCAGGAGGAUGAGCAGUCACUGCUGUGGGCAGUCCACAACCUAGGUGAUCUUUACAGGGACCAGGGAAAGCUCGACAAGGCAGAGACGAUGUACACACAGGCGCUGGAUAGCAAGAAGAAGGUGCUGGGAGAAGAUCACACGUCGACACUCGACACAGUCAACAACCUGGGCCUCCUCUACAGUGACCAGGGAAAGCUCGACAAGGCAGAGAAGAUGUACACGCAGGCACUGGAAGGCUACAAGAAGGCGCUAGGGGAAGACCACACGUCGACACUUAACACAAUCAACAACCUGGGCAGCCUCUACAGGGCCCAGGGAAAGCUCGACAAGGCAGAGGAGGUGUACACGCAGGCACUGGAAGGCUACAAGAAGGCACUAGGGCAAGACCAUACAUCGACACUGCGUACGUCUAACAACCUGGGCCUCCUCUACAGUGACCAGGGAAAGCUCGACAGGGCAGAGAAGAUGUACACGCAGGCGCUGGAAGGCUAUAAGAAGGCGCUAGGGGAAGACCACACGUCGACACUUAUCACAAUCAACAAUCUGGGCAACCUCUACAGGGCCCAGGGAAAGCUCGACAAGGCAGAGGAGAUGUACACGCAGGCGCUGGAAGGCUACAAGAAGACAGUCGGCCCUGUAGGCAUCUCUACCUAUGUUCCAGCUCUCAACACUCUGUGGGCUCUCGGCUUGCUAGCUGACAGCCUUGGCCGCAUAGACGAGACCAGAAUAUUGUACUCGAAAGCGCUCUCAGGCUACGAGAAGGUGUUUGGGGAAGGUCAUCCCAAGUGCCAGCCAUUACGCGACAAUCUUGUCGCUUUGAAUCGCCGUCAACUACAGUCCGAACCGGCUUCAAGGCGGCAUAGAGUACUGAAGAAGCUGGGCUGGAAGUGGGCAUGAAGCUCGGCUCACAAGUACCGAUGCGGGUCGCGACCUUGCAUGAAACUUCAACCAACGCUCGACAGAGAGGUUACUGUUGACUUACGGGGCUGCAGCAGGACUUCUGGUAUGAGGUAGGGCACUUGCGUGUGUUUUGAUGGCCGAGCGAGAUUGUUGGUGGUCUCAGCUUUGCGACAGAACAAGGCUCUUCGCAGAACAGGCGCGGAAGGCGUCAGCGCGAUUGUAAUUUUCAGAUCUGUAGAAAUCGGCGUGUUCAGUGGUACGUACAGCACACACUGUGCACAGGAUUACAGCAGAUGCUGAGGUUUGCGCAGCGCUUGAGCUGUGUGAAGUUGAGGUACCCCUCGUAUUU